AUGGGGAAAACGCCGUCCCCUGAUCGUGAAUCUGGGACCCCCCAAACUCCCCCACCUUAUGUCCCAUAUAUCGACCCCCAACUGACUGCCGAAUCCGGUGAUGCCCUUACCGAUGGCCGUAUUGAUGUGCAUCUCGACUCCAAGCUCGCAAAAUCCCUUGCUCAGAUCGCCAAUCAACAGCAGGAGGGCCUGUCUUUUGCACCAACCCAGGCUCAACCUGAACAGCCGAUCGGGUUUGAUGUAAAAUUGAACAUUGUCAUUCAGAUCGUGGGCAGCCGUGGAGAUGUCCAGCCGUUCAUCGCACUAGGAAACGCCCUACAGAGCCAUGGUCACCGGGUUCGAAUUGCCACUCACAAUGUUUUCGAAAACUUCGUGAAGGAGUCUUUCCUGGAGUUCUUUCCUAUCGGGGGAGAUCCAGCCCAACUCAUGGCCUACAUGGUCAAGAACCCCGGUCUUAUCCCCCAGAUUAAAACACUGCGCGAUGGAGAAAUCAAAAAGAAGCAGGUCAUGGUCGCAGAGAUGCUGAGUGGCUGCUGGAGAUCUUGUAUCGAAGAUGACCCGGUCACACAAGAGCCGUUUGUUGCAGACGCGAUUAUUGCCAAUCCACCUAGCUUCGCACAUAUUCAUUGUGCGCAAGCGCUAGGGAUCCCCGUUCAUCUUAUGUUCACCAUGCCUUGGAGUAGCACCAAGGCAUUUCCUCAUCCAUUGGCCAAUCUACACAAUGGUUCCAUGGUGAACCCGGGAACAGCUAACUGGGUGUCAUAUGGAGUGGUGGAAUGGUUAACCUGGCAAGGGCUGGGAGACGUGAUCAAUCGAUUUAGGUUCUCGAUAGACUUGGCGCCCGUCCCAAGGACAGAAGGCCCUUGUCUGGCUGAAGCUCUGGAGAUCCCCAUGACCUAUUGUUGGUCUCCUGCUUUGGUUCCAAAACCAACCGAUUGGCCAGCUCAUAUCGAUGUUUGUGGUUUCUUCUUCGCCAAUCCUCCCGAGUAUGAACCACCUCCCGACUUGGCUGAAUUUCUACAAUCAGGACCUGCUCCUGUUUACAUAGGUUUCGGCAGUAUUGUCGCCGAGGAUCCCCAAAAGCUGAUCGAUACGGUUCUCGCGGCGGUCUCCAGGGCUGGUGUACGCGCCAUCGUUUCAAAGGGCUGGAGCGAUCUGGCUGGACCAGCUGAUGCCAACGUCUAUUACAUUGGUGAUUGUCCACAUGGGUGGCUUUUCCAACAUGUGUCUGCCGUAGUUCAUCAUGGUGGAGCCGGUACGACUGCAUGCGGUUUGUUGAAUGGUCGACCAACGACCAUUGUACCUUUCUUCGGCGACCAACCUUUCUGGGGCGACAUGGUCGCAAAAGCCGGUGCUGGCCCUGAACCAAUCCCAAACGCCAUGCUAGAUCCUCAAAAUCUGGCCGAAGCUAUUCAAUUCUGUCUCACGCCAGAAGCAGAAGCUGCUGCACAAGAGAUUGCCCUUAAAAUGAAGAUAGAGUCUGGCGUGGUCAACGCUGUCAACUCCUUCCACCGCAACUUGCCCUUGCAGAGGAUGCGAUGCAGCAUUAUCCCCGGUCAACCUGCAGCAUGGGCUUAUACGCAAACAAAGCAGUCUCUGACUCUUUCCAAAGCGGCCAUGAACAUACUGGUUGAAUACAAAAGGAUAGAUACGAAGCACAUCAAAUGCUAUGCUAUCAAUCCAAUAAUCAUUGAAAAUCGCCGGUGGGAUCCAUUAACGGGUGUUUUAUCUGCCGCCACAUCCACCGGUUCUAACAUGCUACAAUCGACUGGCGAGAUGUUCUACAAUCCAUACAAAGAAUACAAAAAGAGUCGUAGUGGGAAAGCAUCCGAAGGUGACUCGUCAGGCUCCGCGCCCCCAGUGAACAGAUCCAAUAGUGAUCCUUUCCAAACGGCGGCAAACAUGGCCGGUGCGACAUUGCAAGGUUUCGGUAAAUUCUCAGCCACCUAUUUCCGCGGUAUGAUAGUCGACAUUCCCCAUGCAGCGGCUGAGGGCUUCCGGCGAGCGCCUCAACUGUAUGGUGAGAAGCCCAAAGAAUACGGAACCGUUCAUGACUGGAAAUCUGGAGCGAUCGUCGGGGGGAAGAACUUUGUGGGUGGUAUGACGACUGGUGUCACGGGGAUGGUUAAACAUCCCCUGGAGGGAUGGAUUGAAGAAGGACGGGAGGGUGCAAUGAAAGGACUUGCUAAGGGUGCCCUGGGAAUGGCCACGAAUAUGCCUUCUGCUGGCAUUGGUCUGGUGGCCUAUCCGUUCCAUGGCAUCUCAAAGAGCAUCGAAGCGGCUUUCAGGACGAAGACACCAAAGGCAAUUGUAAGUGCACGGCUUCGAGAGGGAUAUGCCCUCACAGAGCGAAUGCAACUAUCGAAGGAGGAAAGGGAGGAGGUCGUGCAAGUAUUCGAUGUACUUUUAUCAUCGAUGAGUGCAUAA